UAGUAACAACAAUACCAAAUGGGGUAAGUACUUGCAGGAAGAUCUGGAAAAUGGAUAGCAAAAAUCCAGUUUCCAAGAUGUAAAGAAGACUUUUAAUAAAUAGAUAAUUUUUUAAAACACGAAUAGAAAAUAAAUAAAAACAUUUGAGGUUGCUUAUCAUCAAAACCAUAAAGAUUGAUGACGGCCCGAGAUCAGCGAGUCUUGCUGAAGGGAGCAAGGAAGAGCCUGCGUGAGUUAAAAUUCUUUAACAACACUACUUUGUGCCUCUUGUUUCUGUCCUCUUAUAUUCAUGCUAUUUCGAUAAAUUUCCAAAAAUGAAUAUAUGUGGUUAAAUCUCCGCCAACACUUUUGUACUGUACCGUAGCAACCGUCCCGAGUAGCUGACAUAACGAGAAUGAGAACACAAUCAACCUGGUUCCCUCCUAGGUUUACUAACUUCAUUAAUUUAAUCCCUCGUUAGUUUAGUUUCAAACAUUCCUAAUUAUCGAUCGGAUUUUCUAGACUAACAACCGUUUUUUAGUUUGGUGGCUUUUUAUUGGUUUUCCGCCAAUAAAGAUCAUUUACUUAGAUGUGUACACAGGCACGCACUAAAAAGACCCAUUGCAAUGUUAACUUGCAUUUAUAACUCAUGUUAUUGUAUAUAUACCUCCUAGUACUUCCUAGGCUCCUAUGAUAUACAUGCGUGCAUAUGUUGUUUUUGUUAGGGAAUUUUCGAAAAUGCAGGCAUCAAGUUUUGGUCCGAAAGGAAAUUUGGGAUUUGACUUUGAGCAGCUUGGAGUUCAUGUAGAGUCAAGUAAGAGAAGCUCUGUUCUUUGCUUCGUUCAGAGAGACUCUUUACUUGGCGUUGGCUUGCCCCUUCAUAGUAGAGGGAGUUCUUCGUUUGUUCUUCCCACAAGAAGUGUUGUAAGUUUGUUCCCAACAUGGGUCAAGCCCAGAUCGAUAAAGGCUCGUGCUGCAGAAGGAGAAUUUGAGGAUGUUGCUCCCACAAAAUUGCAAGGAAAAUCUUUUGGUUCGGUAUUGCCUUUUGUUGGAGUUGCUUGUUUGGGGGCCAUGCUAUUCGGAUACCAUUUAGGGGUAGUCAAUGGCGCUCUCGAAUACCUUUCCAAGGAUCUUGAAAUUGUUGAAAAUGAUUUCUUACAAGGAUGGGUUGUCAGCAUACUUCUUGCUGGUGCUACUGUUGGCUCAUUUACUGGACGAGCAUUGGCUGACAAAUUUGGCAGAAGAAAGACGUUUCAAAUAGAUGCAAUCCCGCUUGCAGCUGGUGCAUUUCUGUGUGCCACGGCUCAUAAUGUUCAGACGAUAAUAAUUGGACGCUUACUUGCUGGAAUUGGUAUUGGCAUCUCAUCAACCAUUGUGCCACUGUACAUAUCUGAGAUAUCACCAGCUGAAAUACGUGGCACUCUUGGAUUAAUCAACCAGCUGUUCAUUUGUGUUGGUAUUCUUGCAGCAUUGGUGGCUGGAGUUCCAUUAGAAUCAAACCCUCUAUGGUGGAGGACUAUGUUUGGGAUUGCAGCCAUCCCCUCUGUCCUAUUGGCAGUAGGAAUGACAGUUUCUCCAGAAAGUCCGCGAUGGCUCUAUCAGCAAGGAAAACUUUAUGAAGCCAAAUCAGCUAUAGAAAGAUUAUUUGGAAAAGAAAGAGUCGUGGAAGUUAUGAAUGAUUUAGAUGCAUAUAGUCAAGGUUCUACAAAACCAAAAGCUGGAUGGUUUAAUCUCUUCAGUAACCGGUACUGGAAAGUUGUCAAUGUUGGUGCUGCACUCUUCCUGUUCAAACAUUUGGCUGGCAUAAACGCUGUUGUAUAUUACUCCACGUCUGUGUUUUGCAGUGCUGGCACAACUGAGGCAUCUUUUCCUAUGGACAAGCGAGGAAGGAAAAGUCUACUUGUUAUAAGCUUCGCGGGAAUGGUUGCUUCAGUGUUGCUACUUUCAAUCUCCUUUUCCUGGAACGUUCUUGCACCCUAUUCUGGCACACUAGCUGUUGUUGGGACUGUUCUUUAUGUGUUGUCCUUCUCUGUUGGUGCUGGUCCUGUCCCUGCUUUAUUGCUUCCGGAGAUAUUUGCCUCCCAGAUUAGAGCAGAAGAAGCUGCCUUGUCAUUGGGCAUGCACUGGGUAUCCAACUUUGUCAUUGGCCUCUACUUUUUGAGUGUUGUAAACAAGUUCGGGAUUAGCAAAGUGUAUCUGGGAUUUGCGUCCGUCUGUGUGCGAUGUCUUGUACAUAGCCUCGUAAUGCUGUAGAGGCUAAAGAUGGAUCAUUGGAGGAGAUUGAACUUGAUCUCAGAAAGGCAGCAACAAUAGUAUAGCCAGAGUCUGCAAGCACAUACAGUUUGUGGCUUUGUCCAGCAUCUUGGUUUUGGUCCCAGUCUCCUUGUAUCUGUUGAAAGUGUUCCAUAUUGUAAUUAUGAUUUUAUUUAUUUAUAAACUUGAAUUUAUUAUUAUAACAAGACAUGCAAGACACUAGGUGAACUUGAAUUUAUUAAUAUA